AUGGCGGCCGGCGGCGUGUGGGUGUUCCGGAAGGACGGCGUGAUGGAGCUGGAGCGCAACCCGACGGCGGCGUCGGGCCGGGAAAGCAAGGCGCUGGUGUACGUGCCGGCGAACGAGACGAUGCGGUCGCUGCAGGCGCUGGAGCGGCGGCUGGGGUCGCUCGGGUGGGAGCGCUACUACGAGGACCUCGCCGUCGUGCAGCUCCACCGGCGCGACGGCAGCGUCGACCUCAUCAGCCUCCCGCGCGACUUCGCCCGCCUGCGAUCCACCCACAUGUACGACGUCGUCGUCAAGAACCGAGGCCACUUCAAGGUCGUCGACCUCUAA